AUUGUGUUGUGCUGUUGCUAUUGCUGUCGACCGUAUGUGCUAGCACCUCGUGUUCGACCCGUGUCAACAGCCAUGCUUGGAACGUCAUGCUAGCUAGCAAGUAUUCAUUCAGCCUUGUUACUUGAAUGCUUUCAAUGGACUGGAGGGGUAUUGAUUGGUAGCUGAUCAACUUUAGAAUUUCAGCAUACCGCAUCAUGUCUCUCCCAGCUGGACCUGUCGAGACGACCGCAAUGACUCCAAUGAUUGAGCCUGAUGAGCAAGACUCGUACUCGGAUCAGAUCUCGUCACUCGAAGAUGAGCUUGAUGAAAAACUUGAUCCGGGAAUACAUGAUUCCCAGGACCCCGACAUCAUAUCUACUACUACCCUGAUUCAAGGUGUCGACAACACCCUUUCCAUUUCCUCUGGGGACGACGACACCGAAACUACACCUUUAGUCGUCCAACAUUUCGACUAUGAUGAGUAUGAGGAUGAAGAAGAAGACUUGGAUGUGCCACAGCCAAUCGCACUUCCCACACAGGAUUUGUCCCGAUGGCAACGCGUCAAACACACCCUUCGACCCUAUAUCCCAUCAUGGAAGUCCCUCCUGCCAACAUAUAUCAUCACCAGCCGAAUCUCAUCAGCUGGUGAUCGGCCAACCGCAUAUCUCGAUGCCCUACGAGGCUACGCCGCUUUCGUGGUAUACAUUUCCCAUUUGUGGUACAUCUUUAUGCAAGACACAUGGCGUCGAUAUCCCUUUGUAAGCACGCUUUUCAGCGGAGUUGGAUCAGUUUCACUCUUUUACAUCAUUUCUGGGUACGCACUUGGCCACGGCUUAUUACUGGAGAUGCACAGGAUGGACCACGCACGAAUGCUACACCGACUGGCAUCAUUGUCAUUUCGACGGUACCUCCGUCUCUACGGGAGCUGUGUCGCCGCGUUCAUCAUUGCGUUCUUCCUAGUCCGACUCCGGAUAUACAAUGGAGUCGACAUUAAAAUCCAUCAAGACUCCAUUCUGGCUCAACUACGUCAUUGGUUUACCGAUGUGUUCAGAUUCUGUAACCCAUUUGCACCUGGCAUCAACGACAUUGUCUUCAACGGGUCGAUUGGGUCGGAUUAUCUGCCACAGCUAUGGACUAUUCCAGUCGAAUUUCGUGGGAGUCUGUUUUUGUUCUUUUUCUGCACCGCCAUUCUCCGAUUAACAACACGAACUCGCAUGAUCCUCAUGUGGGUCGUCAUGAUUGUUAGUUACUGCUGGCAGGCGGUGUAUAUUGCAGAAUUCACGGCGGGGUUAUUCAUCGCUCAAUUAUCUAUUUGUCGCAAUCCUCAGCGACUCCUCCUCCCAACGACGACGACGACGAUGACAGAAAGUUCAUCCGAGAGACCGGCUAGAAAGAAACAAUCAUGGCCCGCCAAAAUUCUCCACUUCUUCCUCUUCAUCAUCGGAUUCAUCCUAUUAGGAGAAGUCGACUUCGGCCGAGCCGACCUCCGCCUCUGGGGUCCAUUCCCCUGGCGCUAUCUCAACAAAGUGAUUCCCUUCUGGUGGAUCGACAAAGCCGAAUACCUAUUCUGGCUGGGCAUUGGAGGUUUUAUGCUAGUGUACGCUUUGGAAUUUGGAUCUGGGUUACAGAAGCCCUUAAAAUGGACUGUCUCUCGCUAUCUAGGCGAUAUCUCUUUUGGUCUUUAUGCGAUGCAUCUGCCUUUUGGUCGAGGUAUCAAAGAAUUGUACCUUGACCCGUGGCGAGAAUCUCAUCUGGGUGAUUCAUAUUGGGCGCAUGCCUUUGUUACGAUUGUCAUUACCUUCAUUGUCAUCACCGCGGCGGACUAUUUCACGAGAAUUGAUCGGUUUGUCAUUCGCAGUGGGAAGAGAUUACAGGGCAGGAUGUUCACCAAGUGGUGAUGAAGAGAAAAGAGGGCUGGCUCGAUAUACUGGACAGGGCAAAGGGUCGGAAAUCAAGUUUGACUACUUCUCAUUUGACUCUUGACUGAUCUCCAUAUAUACAGCAUAUAUUCUGCACACCUACACGAGUUCUAAUGAAAUCAUCAUCAUUAUCGUCAUA